AUGAAUGCUGAAGAUGCGGUACUGCCAUGGUCCUCUCAUCGUAUCCUUCGUUCCUUUGAGUCUAGUCCAGAACUUCGUGCAGGUCUGCUAUCAGUUGCAAGUACCUAUUCCAACGUUGCUUCACGAACCAUUUUGUGUCCUCUUUUUUCUCAUCGUUCACUUCAACAACUUUCACUUUCCCCUGCUUUGAGUACAUUUUCUUCAAUGUGUAAUCGUGUUCUAGUUCAACAAGAGCGAUAUGAAAAAGAAGUCGGAAGUGAGAAUUGUACCACUGAUGAAUCCAAGAAUAGUGGUACAGCAGAUGAAGUGACUUUUGCUUCCGUGGUGACAAAUAGUUUCUUGGAGGAAUCAACAGUAAAUCUAGGUGCUGCGUUGCUUCCACUCAUUGGAUGUUCACAGAGAUGUCUGAUUGCUACAUUGAAGAGGAGAUUACAACUAGUUGCACAGUGUUCUUCAUGUAUUGGUAAAAAUGAAGAAUAUGUAACCCCUUACAAUAUUAGAAAAACAGGAGGAACAAUUUUUUGCCGACAUUAUGUCUUUCCUGAAACUAUGGCUUCUACAACAAAUGUGGCCUCUGAAUUAAGUACUAGCGAGCGACGUGAACUUUUGAAACGAUUGGGUGAUGCUCCUUUACCUUUCCAGGUGCGUUCACGCGAAGAAUUAAAGCAAGAACAGAUUGAUCAAAAGGCUUUUGAAGCGAGUUUUACUGUGGUACCAACAGAACCUCUUGGUUUACUACCUCCUUGGAAACGACGAAAGACAGAUGUGGAUGAUAUGAUAGUGACUGAAAAUAUUCUUGAAGAAGAAACUCCAGUUCAACCUAUAUCUUCUCCUAGCACACCUAAACCUCUUUGCAAUGCUACAUGGGUUAAAGAAGGUGAACUUGUUUUAGUAAACGGUCGCCUUGUUCACCGUGAGGCGAAAAAACCAGCUGAAAACACUAUCAAAAAAGAAAAAGGAACCAUUAUAAAAUCUGAAACAGAGGAAGAUAAUUCUACGACUACUUUGGAUUUGACAAGACAUUCAAAGAAGAAAAGAAUAACUCCAGAAUCUACACGGAAGAAGAAGAUGACUAAGGAGGAGCGUGAAACAUCUAGUACUACAACGAAAAUAACUGCUGUUAGCACACAAAAUGUUCCAUUAAAAACUAGAGAUGAACUUGUAGCUCUUGUAAAUAAUCUUAACAUUUCUAACACUCUGCGUGAAGCCUUUUUGAUUGGUUUAAAUGUUGACGAAAUGUACCUCAAGGGGAAAAAGGAGGAAGAUGAGAAAAAUGAGGAAGAAGAUGAAGCUGACGUGAUAACUACUUGA